GCUCCUCUGCUGUCCCUGCUUGACUCUUUGCGGCCCCACCAACCUGCCAAGCCCACAGGAGCCAUGGCCCUAAGACUUCUCCUGGCCCUUGCCCUCUGGGCUGGCUACUCACCCUGCAGUGGAAGAGAAGUCCCCACCCAGCCCAGGGUGUGGUGCUGGGCCUUUAGGUACCCGAUUGCUGUUGACUGCUUCUGGACCCUGCCGCCUGCUGCAAACUCCACCAGGCCCACAUCCUUCAUUGCCACAUACAGGCUUGGAGUGGCCGCCCAUGGGGAGAGCCAGCCCUGCCUUCAGCAGACACCAGAAGCCACCAGUUGCACCAUCCCAGACGUCCAAAUGUUCUCCAUGGUACCCUACAUGCUGAACAUCACAGCUGUCCACCCCUGGGGCAUCAGCAGCAGCUUCGUGCCCUUCUUCCCAGAGCACAUCAUCAAACCAGACCCUCCAGAAGGUGUGCGCUUAAGCCCCCUCCAUGGGCAGCAGCUGUGGGUACAGUGGGAACCUCCCAGAUCCUGGCCCUUCCCAGAGAUCUUCUCACUUAAGUACUGGAUUCGCUACAAGCGUCAUGGAGCUACGCGCUUCCGCCAGGUGGGACCCAUUGAAGCUACAUCCUUCACCCUCAGGGCUGUGAGGCCCCAAGCCAGGUACUGCAUCCAGGUGGCUGCUCGAGACCUCACUGACUAUGGAGUGUCAAGCGACUGGAGUCUCCCUGCAACAGCCUCUGUGACUCUGGGCCAAUAGCAGGGGCAUCCCAGCACCUCAAGGAAGGGCUGGUUCCUUGAUAUCCCCCUCCCCCGACUGCUACCCACUCAAAGGUGGAUGGAAACUGACUGGCCUGGGUUCACUGCUGCUGAGCUGCUGGGAAACCUUGGACAAGCGACUUUGC